AUGGCUUAUUACCAAAAAAACGAAUAUGAUUUUAGGCGCUAUGGUAAUUCGGUAAAUGUACCUAAUAAUGAUAUAGCACGUUGUAUGUAUUAUUUGAAUUGUGUUUGUCACACAAUCGAAUAUAAUGAAAAUAAUAUUCAACGUUAUUGUAAUUAUGAAAACUGGCGUCAAUUAUCAGAUGCAGAAGAUUAUUUAGUAUUUGUUUUAUGUUUGACAUUGAGCCCAGAUGAAUUUGAAGAUAAAUGUUUUGUUGAAAGUCCGGAAUUGUGUGGUUCAAGCAGUAAUGCUUUUUAUGAAGUUGGUCAAAUAAAACAUAGUCUUUUAGCUGUUCAAUCCGUGGUAAUUGCUGGUCGUACACGACAUGUUAAUAAAAUAAUGGCAUACACACAAUCAUGGAUGAAAUCUUAUUAUUAUGAACCAAUGUCAAGAUUAGUUGCUCGUUAUAGACCACAACAGCCAUCAACAUCAAGUUCAGCACCAGGUUGUGUUAUAUCAUAA